AUGAAACCCGCGAUCGCAAUCAAACUCUUCCUCCCUUGCCCAUCCCUCCGUCCUCAUCUCGACUCGACUGUCCGCGAUCAGCCGCGCCUGAACAUGCUUCCACGGGCUGCUACCUUCACCGCUGGUCGGGGCGCCGAGAAGAUCGUGAAGUCGGUGUCGAAGGUGUUCAAGCGUUCGAAGUCCGUGUCUGCGACGCACGGCGCUCGUACUUCCGCGACAGUUGGGGUGCAAGUCGAUCUAUCCGUGACGGUCACCGAUGUUACUGGGCAGCCCCCGCUUAGCAAGGAGAUCAUCAGUACUAACGAAGCUUCUGCCUUCAGCGCGGCCUCAGAGAGGACGUCUUCGUCGCAGAGCUCAACGUCGGUCCAAGAUCAUGAACCCGAAUCAAAGACAAGCACCAUCCCAUUCCCAACCAAGUCUCAACUGUCCGUUGAGCGUCAAACCCUUGUCCGUACCGCCCGGAGCCGCCCCAUCCUACGCCGCAUGCCCGCGAUGUCGUUCAGCGCUCUGGGUCUGAGACGUACGAUCCAACGCAAGCUGUCAGCCGCGACCCACAUCUCGAGCCUCAUGCCCUCAGCCUCGUUCAUCACCGCGCGCACCUCCAUGUCGCGCUCAGCGUCGAGCGCCUCGAUACGCGACGACCAGAAGAACGAGGCCGGUGAUCUGCCCGAUGCAGACAAAUUCCCGAGCCACAUCACCGACCUCUCAGCCCUCAUGGAGACCUACCUAAGCUUCACGCCGUCAGAUUCGUGGCAGAGCGAUGCCUUCUGGCAGUUGCCGCCUGUAUCUUCGACAGUUCUCCUCUCGUUAUCCCCAGUUGCCCCGCCAUCGUCGCCAGUGCCACACGCGGCGCUAGUCCAAGACAACAUGUUCCUUCGGCCCGGGCCGCGCGCGAUGCACCCUCAGACCGUACCCGGCGGGAGUCCCUUCUUUGGGAGCAUGUCGGCCAAGUCUGUUAGGUCAAGGAAGUCGCUGAGCCCAGGGCGGAGACGGGUGAGCCGGGGAGGCAACAUGCACCGUCGUGUGACACCAACGGUAACUCCGCCUCGUGGGUCGUACCUGGGAACAUGCAACGUGGAAGGGCGGGACGCUUUGCCGACGAUGACAAGCGUUUGA